AGGGAGCGGAGAGGAGGCGUGUCCCGGCGGUCAGGGGGAGGUAUGAGCCGUCGCGGCCUCCGUACUGACUGAGUGACCCCGCCGUGUGAGAGGGGAGGCGGAGGGUGACAUGGUGGCCAAGAUCUAUAAGCUGGCUGCAGUGCCCGCUGGCCUCGCCCUCACCUCCUAUGGUCUGUACGCUGUGUCCGACCGGGAGCCUAAGGGAAAGUGCCUGAGUCCUCACCAGCUGUCCGUGUACUCUGUUCCUCCCCGACAAUCAAAAUACAUUGAAGAACAGCCAAGCCGUCUGCAGUGCGUCUUUGCCGCUGUGCGCAAAUCUGUCUGGCCCGCGGUGACGUGGGGUAAGUAUGCCUGUGAUUCUAUCAAGAAUGGAGUGGAGGAUACAUUCCAGUUUGGGAAAGACAGUUACGUUUACCUGAAGAAUCCACCCCCGGAGUUCCUGCCCAGAGUGGGCAUCAUAUCAGUGAGUGGGCUGGCAGGAUUGGUGUUGGCCAGAAAAGGUUCUAGACUGAAGAAAAUAAUGUACCCCUUGGGUCUGACGGCAUUGGGUGUAUCCGUUUGUUACCCGGCACAAGCGGUCAUUUUAGCAAAGGUAACAGGUAAAAAGUUGUACAGUACAAGUCAUUGGACGUACGAUUCAAUUAGAUCUCUAUGGAAAGAAAAACCACAGCCACAGAAGGACUAUACAAGCCCGACCCCAGCAGCCGACCAUCAGGAGGCUGUGAGAGUAGAGGGCCACAGCGAAGUUUCAGCUGGGGAGACUGCAACAGAACAGAUUGUCAUGGCGGACACAGAGCCGCCCGUUUUACCUGAGUCUGCUCAUUUACUAGAUGUACACUCAGCAGAGCAGACUCCUGACAGCGCCUCUGCAGAACCCCGUCAGGAGGUAAAGUUUAUGCCUCCCGCAGACCUUGCCGACCACGGACAGUCCAACCCUGAGGACGUGGACAUGUACAGCACCAGAACCUGAAGAUUAUAUAAUAUACGCAGAAAAACAAUCUUUGUAAAUGGAGAUUUUUAACAGGACCUUUUUUUUUCUUUUUUUUUUUUAAGUCCUAUCACAUUUCCUAAAAUAAAACAGAAAUGUUUCUCAUA